GGUACGGAUGGUAUUUUAUUGUUAGAUUUUAAUAAUAAGUUUUACAUACUUGGCUAUCUAAUAAUUUAUCUCAUUCACCUGACAUGUUACUUUGGACUUUGAGGUGUAAAGGUUAGUUCACUCGAUUCACUUUGUAACGUGGGUUAAUAUCGGUCAAGUUAUACGCAAGAUAUGAUACAGUCUCACCCUUUUUUAUUUAUCAGAACAAAGGUGUUUUUGUUUAUUUGCAGUUUGUGUGGUUUGUAACACUGAACACUGAUUAAUGUGUCGAUUAUUCAGUAACAGCUACAGUAAAGGCUUUAUGUGAGAUGCACCUCCCCUCGGGGCAGCACACAAUAAAUACUGAUCCAUUCUCUGCUUGCUUGGACUUCUCUAAGUCACACUGAAGGUGGUGUGCAUUUGCUCUGUAACACUUACAAGCACAGAUUCUAGUCUGACCAGGAGAAGAAGAAAUGGAGAAACAAGUGGUGGAUAUAGCAAAGAAAGCCUUUAACACUGGUAGGUCCCAAGUCCUGCGGUACAGAGUUGAGCAGCUCCGAGCUUUACUGCGGCUCAUCAGAGAGAAACAGGCGGAGAUCAGUGCUGCUCUUACACACGACCUGCACAGGAGUGAGUUCAACACACCGCUUUUGGAGCUCAUUGGACUUGAGAAUGAAAUCAAGCUGGCUGAACGUGAACUCAGUGACUGGACAAGACCUCAGCCGGUUCAAAAAAACCUUGUCACCAUGACGGAUGAUGUGUUUAUUAAAGCUGAACCUUUGGGUGUGGUACUGAUCAUUGGCGCCUGGAACUACCCAUGGGCUCUUACCUUGGGCCCGCUCAUUGGAGCAAUUGCAGCAGGCAAUGCUGCUGUGGUGAAGCCUUCAGAACUGAGUAAAAAUUCAGCCAGCCUUCUGAAAGAACUGCUGCCUCAGUAUUUGGAUCAGGAGAUGUACCAUGUGGUGACUGGAGGAGUUCCUGAAACGCAGGAGUUGCUAAAGCAGCGUUUCGAUCACAUCUUCUACACAGGAAGCAGCACAGUGGGCAAACUGGUUAUGGAAGCAGCUGCACGCCACCUCACACCAGUCACUCUGGAACUGGGGGGGAAAAGUCCUUGCUAUAUUGAUCAGAACUGUGACCUUGCAGUCGCUUGCCGUCGAAUCACUUGGGGAAAGUUUUCUAACUGUGGCCAGACCUGCAUCGCACCAGACUACAUCCUCUGUAAUGCCAGCAUCCAGAACAGACUGAUUGAAGAGAUUCGCCAGACAUUACAGGAGUUCUACGGUGAGAACCCGAAAAGCUCUCCAGAUUACGGCCGUAUCAUCAACCAGAAUCACUUUGCGCGUGUGCUGGCUCUGAUGGAGGGAUGCACUGUGGCUGUAGGGGGAGAGAGCGAUAAAUCACAGUGUUACAUUGCUCCUACCGUUCUGAAGGAUGUUUUGCCUCACGCCAGGAUAAUGCAGGAAGAGAUCUUUGGACCCGCGCUGCCAAUCAUCACUGUCAGUGAUGUCAAUGAGGCCAUUCGCUUCAUUAAUGACAGAGAAAAACCUUUGGCUCUUUAUGUCUUCUCUUCCGAUAAGAAGGUGAUCAAGCGAAUGCUGACUGAGACGACUAGCGGAGGAGUGGUGGUUAAUGACGUAAUGAUCCACUACACAAUCAGCUCGUUACCCUUUGGUGGAGUAGGAAACAGUGGGAUGGGCAGAUACCACGGCAAGCACACCUUUGACCAGUUUAGUCACAAACGUGCUUGCCUCAUCAAGUCUUUAGGUAUGGAGAGUCUGAACAAAGCACGCUAUCCUCCACAAACUGCGUCCCGUCUGCGCAGAGCUCGGUUCUUCAUGCUGAAACGCUUAUGCAGCUGUACACAACUCACCCGCACCUGGGCUGUCAUCUCCACCAUGCUGGCCUUGGGUCUGCUUAUUGCCUUACUGGUCGUCCUGCUCAAGGGAAUCGUGAUUUGAAGAUGCCUAAAGAUCUACACCUCAAGACAUGCUGCAGAAUUGAAGCAAAGUCUGUCAAACUGUAGUGCAUUUCAUUUUAUAUUUUGAACUACUCUUCCUGGCAGUGUUUACAUGUUUUGUUUGCUUGUUCUUAAACCCCUUAUUACAGAUUCAUUCAGAAGCUGAAAUGCCAGUAGGACAAACACUGGCAAAACAGACUUGUCAGCAUUACCUAGAUUUCCUGAGCAUUGGACAGGGAAUUUGAAUUGCUGAUGGUUUCGGAUAAGCUGUUUUCACUGUUCGGUGACACCAGCAACAAAGAGCUUGUUCUUUUCUGCUUCUUGCUUUGAUGCUCAAGCCAGACUCUGAGACUCUCAGGAAGGAUUUGGCAUCAUUGAACUCCAUAAAAUGCCACCAGGUGGCGUCAUGUCACUAUAUUAUAACAUGAACUCAUCUCUUUUUAGUAAUUGUCUCAAUUUAUUUCAGAAGUUUGGAAGUAACACUGUUGUUAUCGUUUGUAAUUAAUUUGUUCAUUAAAAAAAACUCAUCAAAUGUCAAAUAAUAUUCACAAUAUAAUGAAAGUGCACACCGAACCCUUUUGAUAUAGAGCCUUCAUUAUCAAAACUAAUGUUUUUCUUUAAAGUGCUAUGAAUUUCAUUAGAACUGAUAAAUCUUUUAUAUUUUGGUCUCCAUUUAAAUCGUGAAAGUCUGACUCUUUGACUGACUCUAAUCCCCUUGAGUCGGAAUAUUUCAAAUUCAGCACACAUUGUUCUUCUCAAAUAUCAUCUAGGUUUACAUUCCACAUUUGCUAUACCACAUGCUGGGAAUAGAAAUAGAUUAUACUCGUGUGCUCGUGGACGUCCUGUCUUUUCCAUAUGUGAUUCAUGUGCAGUGAUUCUGUAUUUCAUCAGAUUGCAAUUCUGCUAUGACUCACAGCAUCUAGUGGACCCCUGAGGCAAGGUGCCCCCCCUACUGAUUUACCACUCUGUACUCUAGUGAGUUUAUGCAUUCCAGCACAGGCUCAGAGCUGAAGUGUUUGUUUACUUUAGAUUAUAAUCCUUAAUGUGGCUUUACAGUUCUAAGGGAAUACAACAUUUACAUUACAUUUACAUAUAGCAGACACCCUUAUCCAGAGUGACUUACAAUUUUUAUUUCAAUUCAUACAACUUAGCAAUUAAGGGUUAAGGGCCUUGCUCAGGGGCCCAGCAGUGGCAGCUUGGUGGACCUGGGAUUCGAACUCAUGCCCUUUUUUUAAAUUAUUUUUAUUUUUAUUUUUUUUCCAUCAUCAGUUUUCUUUUUCUUUGUCUGCUUGUUUCUACUGAUUCUGUGAACAUCAAGACUGCUGUUUUCUCAAUUAUGGUCACCAAGCUCAUUUAUUUAAUGCGCAUUGCGAUUUAUUUCUUGAGUACAGCAGCUUUUUGAGGCAGGACACAGAUAUAGUUUGACAGAGUGGAUCAUUUAAAUCUGUACUCUGAAACAAAAAAAGAAAAAAUGAGAUGACGUUGUAUCGGAGAUAUGAAUUGUAUCUUGCUGACAGAUAAAAAAAUAAACUGAGAAAAUAGGA